UCACUGCAGUGUUUUGAAAAUAGCUUCUACUGCCGCCAGGGAGCACCUCCUGCACUGUGAGUGAACUGGAAACGGGCACUGCUACAGUAAUCAUGGCCGUCAUGGGAGCUCCCUCACUUCUGUUUCUGCUCCUACUGAGCCCGAGCCUGGGGGAAGACACAGUGGCGGAGGACAUGGGUGUUCACCAGCUGGGUCGUCUGGUGGAGCUGCUGACCUCAAGGGAGUGUGAGGACCUCCUCUCUGCCCUGUCCCACCCAGAGGAGAACAUAUUCCAGCAGCUGGACCAUCUCUCACUGGAGAACAACCAACUGGACCUCCAGAAGAGAGUCAAGAGAGACACUGGUACUGCAGCACUGACAGUACAUCACAACCAAAAGCUCAUUCGUUACACUGUGCAAACUCAGCCGGACAGGAACAGCGAGGCUCAGUGCCGGACAGCUCUGACAGACUGGCUGCUGAAGCACGGAGAACAGACAUACUACGACAGGCUGUCUCGCGCCCUGCAACACAUCGGAAGGACAGACAUUGCCAUAGAGGUGGGGAAAAAUAUCAACCAGGACAAAACCCUGAGUAUGAAGAAGUAUGUGGAGGAGUACCAUCAGAGAGUCAACUCCAUAGAGUCUCCCUUGGUCCAGUCAGAGACAGAGGAACAUCAUGUAGACCCAAAGCCCCAAGCAAGGCACGUAAGGAAUAUACCAGUGAAGGAGCUGAUAUGGAGUGACCUGGAGCUGGUUGUGGAGAGGGCUCCUGUCCAGCCGUACCAGCGACGUCUACUGGACGGGGCGUGGCCCCUGGUCUACGGAGUCCUGCUAGGCUUUGCCGGGACCUUCCUCAUGGGGGUACCCGUCCUCCUCUUCCUCCUGUACAUCUCCCGGGGCGACCAGAGGAAGCUACUCUGCCGCUCCUACAAGACCAGGGGUCCGUCAUCAUCAUCACGUGGUCGCUACAGUCGCUCCAGACAGAAACACAUGGCUGGGGCUGGAGAUGUGACAUCAGCAGAAAUGGCUCCUCUAAAACCCAUUACGUCACAUGGAAAGGUCAAGGGAUUCAAGGCAGGGGCUGCAUUCCCUCUCUCCAAGUCAAGACAAUGA